AUGUGUUCUAAUUUAAUUUCAGCCAGUUUCCUUUAGGAAAACUCACAUGAGCAUCCUGUGAUUCUGCAACGACUCUCAUCAUUCCCCACCAGAACGUCAGACAGAAUAGCUGUGGAUUGAAAUCACUGAGAUCAUAAUGCAUCUCUCCAGGUGUCUCCUGCUGGCCAUGCUGGCAUUAGGAUCAUUAACCAUGUGCUCCUCAGGCCCUCUUCAUGCACAGUGCAAAGUGGAAUGGUACUUUGGGCUUCCUUGCAAUCAUGUGUACCAAGCCUUGGUCACUCAGAUUAAAAAGUGGAGGACAAUGGCAGGUUGUUCUAUGGGUGGAGAAAAGUGUCUAUACAAGCUCCAGUCAGCCUCCGUCCACUUCAUUGCAGCAAAGCACAUGGCACCACGGAAGAAAUAUGUGGAAGAUAUAAACUUCAGACUAGUUCCUUAUAAAUUCUUCACCCAUUGCCACGUAUCAGCCAUGUCAGUCUCAGAAACCUGGUAUGCUGUUACAGACCAUGGCACUAAUUACUGCAACCUCUACAACUUAAUAGAAGGGAGUGGACUGACUGAGGCUCCAGGUUAUAAGGAAAUCACCAGUGAAUUCCUGUGCACACAGCGAUCCUCUGCCAACUGCACUGUUUACUGAUGAUGGCCUCCGUUUAAGCUAAAUAUUAUCUAGCUGACAGGUCAAUAUUAUAGCAAUAGACAUAUGUAUAAAAGAUGUUAAACAUACAGUAAAAUGUAAUAAUGUUAAUUAUUGUGUCUCAGUGUGUGUAAAACUAUGUGGCCUGUAAUGAACAUUUGGAGUAUUUUAAGAAUUUGCUCCUUUGCCACUGUUCUUUCUUUUUUUUUUGAUCUCAUCCAAAAUUAAAUUCAAAAGGAACAUUAUAUUUUAGCUGCUUUCUUAGCACAAAAGAAAUUGUAAGGGGCAAAUAUAGCUCUCAGUGCUGCUGAGGUGAAGCACUGUCUUCAGAGAAACAUUGUUCUUUUUGACGCAUAGAGCAGUUUUUCUCUUAAAGACAGCAAUGUUUUCUAGAUCCACUCCCAGCCAUGUGGAUUGGAGGGCAGCUUUUAUUAGGACAGCAAUAUAGUCAGCCCAACUCAGCCAUCCAUCAUAGAAAAUUCAACGUGCCUCAAAUCGACACUGUUGGCCUGCCGCGGCACUGUCUGUCCUGAACAUUACGACUGAUGUGGCCUGCGCUGGCCUGAAGAGGGCAAUGCCUGCAAACACUCCAGCCCAUCAUUUAUUUGAUUGUGGCACAAAUUGUGUAGUUCAUUUUUAAUCAUUAAAACUACACUUUCAGAAUGGUUUAGUAACACCUCAAAGUAUUUUUUGUACUUUUUAUAAAAGUUGUUUUAGUAGUGAUAUGUAGUAAUGAUGGUUAAUAAGUUUAUGCCAUAUUCUGAAAAGUGAUGAUACCAAAACCUUCUAUAUAGCACAGUGUGUCCUGAACUGAUAUAUAUGUAGUGACAGAGAUGUAGAGGCUGGAGACAAAAAAAUAUGCUUAGGUUUUAUUUUAAGGAUACUGCAAAUUUUUUUCUUUUUCCACACAAG